AUGGAUUCAGUGAACACCAGGGUUAUCAAAGUGGUGCUUUUAGGCGAUGCGGCAGUGGGAAAAACAUCACUUCGGAGCCAGUUCAUUAAGCAUGUCUUUUCGAGUGCCUACAAGACCACCUUGGGUGGGGAUUAUCUUACAUCAAGAGUGAACUUGCCUGAUAACUCUCAGGUUUCGUUGCAGAUAUGGGAUACAGCUGGACAGGAAAGAUUCAAUUCGAUAAGCCAAGCGUUCUAUCGUGGUACGGACAUAGCCAUCAUCAUAUAUGACAUCACCAACGCAGAGAGUUUCCACCAUUUGAGCAGAUGGUUGGGGCUGUUUUUAGACCAUUGCAACGUCUCGAACCCUUCAAUAAUGAUUGUUGGAAAUAAGGUCGAUAAAGACACAAUACGACAGAUAUCCUUGAGGCAGGCACGGGAGUUUGCGAACAUGAUGAAUCCAGGGUUGAUCCAGGAUGUUGAGUUGGACGUUUUGGAGACAAGUGCAAAGGUGUUCGGAGAGACAUCCAAGCUUUUUGUUAGAGCAGCAGAAUUGGGGCUGAAGAAAUUGGAAGAGAACCAACCAGUUUUGAACUUUGAUAGUAUAGAUGUUGCCCAUCCCAUUGAGAAUAGAGCUGAAUAUCGGUGUUGUUGA